GUCUGCCGCUCAACAUCCGGGGCACGGCCUCCGCUACGCUCUUGGAAGAGCCAGAGCCAACGAAUGGCAAUGAGGUGGAUGUACUGAAACCAACAAGUAGCUUGCGGAGCGACGCAGCAGAGUCGACGUUGCCGACUUUUUCGGCGGUGACCGAGGACUUGGGUACCGGCUCUCGCGCGUCCGCUCUCAUCAAGGAAGAGCGGAUGCAGUUCAUGAUCAUGCGAGCUCAGAAGACCAAGAACUUCGUGGCCUUAAAGCCCUGGUACAUCAUCAAUCCGGACAGCAGUGGCCUCGCAAACACCUGGCAGCUGCUGACCAUGUUUGCUUUAGCCUUCGUUGGGCUGGUCACGCCCGUGCAGGUCGGAUUGCUCAAAGUGGAGUUUGGGUUGCUUACCGUUCUCAGCCUUGCUGUUGACCUGGUCUAUGUCAUCGACAUGGUUCUGCAAUUUUUCACAUCCUACCCAAGACGGACAGCACGCGGAGUGGAGUGGGAAGUGCGACUGCCGCGAAUCACGAUUCACUACUUGAAGACUUGGUUCAUACUGGAUUUCGUGACCCUGAUCCCUUUUGACAUAAUAGCUCUGACUUCCGGCGUCGACGACGUGAAAGAGCUGAAUGGCGUGAAAGCCAUACGAGUUUUAAGGCUCGUGAAGCUGUUUCGUGUCUUGAAGACGUCAAAGUUCACUCACAAGUACGAGAUCCCCUACUCCAUUCCAUACCAGCAGGUGACAUUAUUUAAGUUCUUGUUGAUGCUCAUUCUGGUGUGCCACUGGCUGGCCUGCGUUUGGGCACUGACUCUCCAGCUGGUGAGCAGCGACCUCCCUCAGUGGAUAGACGAGGUGGAAGCAGAGGACUUGGAGUUUGGCAUUCAGACACGGGACUCGCCGGUGAGCAUGUACAUUGCCUCAUUCUACUUCUGCAGUUACACGAUGACGUCUGUUGGGUAUGGCGACUUCGGGCCAAGGAAUAUUCUGGAGCGAGUUGUUUGCACCGUCAUCGUCAUGGUCUCUGGCUUGCUGUGGGCCUACGUCCUGGGACAGGUUUGCGCUAUCGUGGCAGACAUGAAUGCCGAGAGCCAGGGUUUCAAGCAGAAGAUGCACCAUCUGAACCAAAUGAUGCACACCCAAUCCAUCCCACAAGAGCUGCAGCGCCGCGUUCGGAGCUUCUUCCUGCACAACAGGAAUCAGAUGCUCUACGUCACACAGCAGCAGCUCCUGGAAAACAUGAGUCCGCAGUUGCAGGCAGAAGUGUGCACCGCUCUGACAUUACCUUGGCUGGAGAAGGUGACCUUCUUCGGGCAGUUCAUGCGCUUGAUCCAAACCUUGGAGACCCGUGGAGUCCACACAAUGCGAUACCGCGCCUGCAUCGCGGAUAUCUCUCGACAGCUCUUGCCCGUGGCUUUCGCGCAGCAGGAGAGCUUCGACAACGUGCAGGAGCUUUUCAUCCUUUCGAAGGGCUUGGUCGCCCUGAACAGCAGGGUGGAAGGCGGCGGCGCAGUCUGGGGCGAAGAUUUCGUCCUCUCGGAUACUUCGUUGAUAAGACCCGUGGCAGGCUAUGCUCUGACGUACAUCGAGGUGUUGAUGCUCACACGUGAGCGUUUUAUGGACGUCAUCGAGCGACGGAAGCUCACAUGCCCUCAGCUUUCGAUGAUCGUGCGUCGAUACUGCGUGCGUGUGGCCGUGCCUCGGGCUGCUAGUGAACAGGGCUUGGAGGUGUUUGCCGAGCUUGUGAAAGCAGAAGGUGAGAGAUCAGGGUGUAAAGAGCUGGAAUAUAGCAGCGCAUGGCUUUGGGGACUGUUUUGCCAGCAGUUACGUUGUUGUCUAGUAUUGGGUCACAGCGACGCAUGCCAGCAUCCGCAUCCCGACAGAGUCAGACACAGAGAGAGUCUUUGUCUGGAGCAUUGUGCCCUGGUCGCCGAGCUUGCCAAUAAGAUCUAUUCGUGCUGUCGUCAGAGAAACGUUUAUUUUCCUGGCCAACCAAAACGCAUAAGCUCGAUGAAUCCUCUUAACCCUCCAUAA